ACCUCAUGUCUACGUCUGAGUAAGCGCGCGACUCUCAAAAUAUCAACAAAGUUUGAUCAGUCACCAUUUUGCCAUACAACUCCGAGAAGAAGAGGAAGAAGAAGAACAAGAUUCGUUUGCUACAUGCUGUUAACUAAUUUUGUGUGUUUUUGUUCACACUUUUUGUUCACAAUUUUUUAUGUAACAGGAGAUUAGUUGUAUAAUUUUGCGAUGGGCUCAACGAUUUUAUCUAAAGUUACGGAGUUCUUUAAUAUUCUUCGCUCUCUUCAAGACGUGGAAAGCAACGAUCCAUGUAACGUUACAUAUGAGGAGGACAUCCAUAUAUUAAAGAUGAAUGGCAGCAGAAUUGCUGUGGUGAAUAUGUACUGUGGCAACCAGCCAGUCUUCAUCUGUGAAAAAACAGUUCCAAAAAUAAGUGAACCCGAUGCUCAACAAAUGACCGAGACAUCAAACUGUACUGAUGAUGAAGAUAAUGCGAAUGCCAAUGUCAGCAUACUCCAGACAGAACUGGGACCACAGCCAUUCACAGUCAUGAAAGCAAGGCAGUUGCUGUCUUGGUACACAUUAUCUCAAAAUGAUAAUGUGUCAGCUGUGGACCACAGCACAUACUUACACCCUUUGUGGGUGCGAUGUGACAUGUCUGAUCCUGCUGGAACAGCCUGGUUUGGGGCUGAAACAGUCUGUGUGGGCAAUAAAAUAUCAGGGGUUAAAUUAUACUCCGUUACCUGCAAAGGCUCAACUGUGGACAAAAGCUCUUUCAUAACCUUAGAUGAGCUUAAACAGGAACACAAGAAAAGGCAUCACCCGUCCUCGAUGGCCAUUAAAGGCAGUGCCAGGUUCAACUUGUUUGGCUCUACUGUGGUUGAAAACACCAUAAUUGAGUCACAGAGUAGUGUGACAGUGGAUUUCAAAUGGUGCCACGUGGAGAGUAUCCUCGAAACCCCACCCCUGUCUUCUACAGCUACACUGAAUAUUAAAGUCGCCAGUGGAGACAUGAGAAGCCCGAUGUUCGAGAUGUACAGGGAGCUAGAGUUUCUUCAGACUCUUGCUGAUGGUUUGAGAACUGGUGAGACAGAAUGGAUGGAACCUUUGGAAAGCACAUCAGCUGUAAAUCUGACCAAGGCCUACCUAGAAGAGCUUCAGAACACUGCAAAGACACCACAGGACCAGGCUGCAAAAACAGCAGAGGCUACAAAGCUAAAGUCUGAGACGGACACUCCCAUUUUCAACUCUCUCUUGGAACGGGGAGAUCUGGACUUUGUGGAACAGUUGUGGGUUCGCAUGAGAAAGAGUGUGACUUCAUAUAAGGACAUUAGUGACUGUCUGAAAUUGGUCACUGAAGCUCUGAAAUACGGGGACAUCAAGCCCUGGAUUCACAGAGACAGCAACAGCUCCCUCAGCAAGCUCAUCCUGCAGUCCUACCACCAGCAGAUAGAUCAUGUGUCUCUCACAGGUGUCACCCCUGUCCAUAUGCUGCUAGAGAUGGGGCUGGACAAGAUGAGAAAGGAUUACAUCAACUAUCUCAUUGGUGAAGAACUGACAACUCUAAACCAUUUGCGUUACUACCUGAGCACAGAUGUUGAUCUGCAGGAACAAGUGGUCCGACUCAGAAAAUUGCACCAUCUGCUUGAAAUAAUUACGACCUGCAGUGCAUUCCUGGGUUUGCCCUACGACCGACUGUUUCUUCUCACACAGUCAUGUUUGCAGCACUACAUAACGUAUCCGUAUGAUGAGGAACAUGAAUUUAAACUCCAAAUCAAACCAGCCCUGAUCAGCCAUUUCUACCAGAAAGAGCACCCAGUCGUGUGGGGGGUUGAGGUAUCCAGUGGCCACAGUCCUCGUGAGGUCAGGACUUCCUUACAGCUCAGUGACAGACCGCUGGUUCAACAUGUCAUCUUUGAAACAGACUACCCAGAAGAAACCGUGAAUGGGGACAGUGAAGAUCCAGCCUUCUUCUCCACCAUGGUGUCCUGCAGUCUUGUCAGCUUUGUAUGAAUUUACAUAGAGCAGUACUGAACGACAAGUUCCGCCUGUGCAGCAGGAACAUAAGGAAGAUGGCACUGAGCAGAAUACAGAGGGUGCACACGGUGGGAACAACGAUCUCAGUUACCAUCUCCAUGUGGCUGGUCAAAGGGUCUGCAAAGCACACACAUUAACAAUUCACUGGUAUUAUUAUUAUAUACUGUAGUUCAGACACCGCAUAUGAAGCGAGUAAUGAUGCUCAAGCACAGCGCUCAAAGGGUUAAUAUUUUUGUGUAAAUCAAAUCCUCUUUUGCUUAUUUUAGAGUUAGCAUGAGGGAUUUCCUUACCAUGUAUAAGUCUUAGAACAUUGGCAAUAGUUCUCCGCUGUUCCUCUAAUAAAAACAAAGAGAAAUAACUCAGAGUUGAUGAACGGCACUUUAACCCUUUGAGAACUGCAGGCAGCUACUGGGAAAUAUCUCAGAAAGAAUCGUUUGCAACUUUAACUUUAAAAAUAUACUUGUCUGGAAGCGUCAAUUAUUAUUAGACAACAAUCACAGCUGAAUUGUGUUGCUAAACCUCAUGGUGAAGUUUUGUUCAGAUAUACUGUAUCGCAGACUGUUUCACCUGCAUUAUGUUAUCUGGCUAAAUGUACAAUUGUGCUUUGUGAAAUACUUCAUGGGCAGAAGUGCUCUUGGUUGCAAAUUAGUUUUAAGCAUAUUAAUAAAACUUUAGAUAGUUCAAGAAAUGGUCUCAUAGUGUAUACACGGUGCAGUUUAACUGCAGAAGCGUGACUCUGUCAAUCUGACUUAAGACCACACAAUCACAAAGCAACUUGA